UUUUAUAAAAUACAUGCUCAAAUCCAAUUUGUUGGAAGCAUGCACAUACUUGAAGGGUGGUUCUUCAUUCUACUCUUAUCCACUCUAUCCCAUAUUAUAUCAUAAGGACCAUAAUUUCAACCCCUUUUCACUUGCACUUUUGGUUCAAAACCAUGGCAGAAGCUAUCAUUGGUUUCACCGUUUUCAAUUCAUAUAUUCAUAGCUCAUGUCUUCAAACAAAACGAUUUUCAAGAUUGCCUAGGCACCCUUCAAAUUCUACCCUCUUUCACAGGUCAUUGCAGGUGUUAGAUGGAAAGAUAAAAAGAGCAUCUAUGUGCAAAGUGAAUGGUUUACCAGAUAUUCCACUGAUGGCAAUUCUAGUAGAACAAUUGGAAGGACAAAGAGAUCUUAUAACCGAGAAAACAAUUUGGCAUCUUAGUGAUCAGCAAAUAAAGAAUGUUUACGCUUGGUACAUAAUGUUCACUGUUUGGGGAGUCUUAUUCUUUGGUUCCAUGAAGGACCCAUAUUACGAUUCAGAAACAUAUAGGGGAGAUGGAGGAGAUGGUACUGGAAACUGGAUAUAUGAGAAGCAAGAGGUCAUGGAAGCAGAGGCAAGAGAAGCUCUAUGGCGCGAGGAGUUGAUUGAGGAAAUAGAACAAAAAGUUGGAGGGUUGAGAGAAAUUGAAGAAGCAGCAAAGAAGGAAGAGGAACUUGUUAAAUGAUUUUCUACAAUAAUGCAUGCAUUUUACUCCAUCAAUUAACCAAGUGAUACCUCAUUAUUAUGUAUAUACAUACACAAGAAUAAAUUCUUCUGCUUCAAAAUUCAAAUGUACUGUUAUUAAACUACGGUUUAUUUCUUUGAAUAUGAUGUCACAAUAUAGCCUUGUCUAUC